CUCGGAAAGCGAAAGCGGGCGGGGCGGGCGGAGCCCGAGAGGAAGGGGAAGCCAGGCCAGCGACGCUACUCGAGACUGGGCAAGCAUGGCUUCGUGCGUCCCCGGAGAGGGAUCUGCGCCCCAAGCCGUAUCCACAUCUUCCCUGCCCCUUGCUGCGCUUAACGUUCGAGUGCGCCGACGCCUGUCGCUGUUCCUGAACGUGCGGACGCAGGUGGCGGCCGACUGGACGGUGCUGGCAGAGGAGAUGGGCUUCGACUACUUGGAGAUCCGACAGCUGGAGACGCGUGUCGACCCCACCGGCAGCCUCCUGGACGCCUGGCAGGGACGACCCGGAACGUCAGUGGGCCGGCUGCUUGAGCUGCUCAAUAAGUUGGGCCGCGACGACGUGCUGGUGGAGCUGGGGCCCAGCAUUGAGGAGGAUUGCCAAAAGUACAUUUGGAAGCAACAGCAGGAGGAGUCUGAGAAGCCCUUACAAGUGGCCAGAGUAGACAGCAGUGUCCCACGAACAGAAGAGCCUUUUGGCAUCACCACCCUUGAUGACCCACUGGGCCAAGUGCCAGAGCGAUUCGAUGCCUUCAUCUGCUACUGCCCCAGCGACAUCCAGUUUGUGCAGGAGAUGAUACGGCAACUGGAGCAGACAGACUAUCGGUUGAAGUUGUGUGUGUCUGACCGUGAUGUCCUGCCAGGCACCUGUGUCUGGUCCAUCGCCAGUGAGCUCAUUGAGAAGAGGUGCCGCCGGAUGGUGGUGGUUGUCUCAGAUGAUUACUUGCAGAGCAAGGAAUGUGACUUCCAGACCAAGUUUGCUCUCAGCCUCUCUCCAGGUGCACAUCAGAAGCGAUUGAUCCCCAUCAAGUACAAAACAAUGAAGAAGGAGUUCCCCAGUAUCCUGCGGUUCAUCACAGUCUGCGACUACACCAACCCCUGCACCAAGUCUUGGUUCUGGACCCGCCUUGCCAAGGCCCUGUCCUUACCCUGAAGAUAGCUCUGGGACCCUGCAGGUGCCUGCAUCUAUCUGCCUGUUUGUGCUCUUCUGCUGCCUCUUCUGUUUGUAGGAGGAAUCUGUGUUCUACAUGCCUUUACAUUGUAGGGGUGCCAGCUGCCGACACAUCUGCAUGGACAACAAGUCUUAGGUCUUGCAUUAAACCAGUGGCUGCAAGUGGCCAGAACAGUGAUGAACAGGAUCAGUUGGGACUAAUUAGAGGACCAGCCAAGCCACCUUGAAGCCAUUCAUACAUUUUCAGCCUGAUUUUCCCCAUCUGGGAAAUAGGAUGUGGGGAUCAGGCAGUCAGAUUCCUUUGAAUCACUGCAGCAAGUGGUGAAGCGGUGCCCUGGCUCUUCUGUGGGAGAGCUGGCCUCUCCAAGACUACAUGAUGACCACUGCUGGAACUAGGGGCCAGCUGGUACCUCAUUGCCACCCUGCAUCCUCUUUCCUCCUCUUCAUAAGACAGAUGGGGAAGCAGGCUGAUCCCAGCGGGGUAUCCCAUCUUGAGCAUGAUUCUCUAAUGGGGCCUCCUCUUAUCUGGAUCUUUGACUCUUCCCAGCCUCUGCCCUACCUUCAGUAGUGGCAAGGCCUCAAGAUCCCUGAGCAGUCCCCUGAGCAGCUGGGGCCGCUUUUACUUCCACCUGUCCAGAUACCUGUGAGCGUACCUCAGUUCUGUGGAUAGGAUAGGAUUCUGGCCUCUGGCAUAUCCAUCAGAUAGGUGCUCUGGGGCUGGGUCACCAGGGCAGUGUCACAGGGACCCUUUUUCCCUGGGACACCCAUAGAGAGCUCCCUUGAUUGCCUUGUUUGUUGACAAACACAAGGGUGUUUCACCUCAAAGCUUGUGCUUACAUGGCCACAUACCAUCUUGCUCACAGACACAGAUAAGUGCAUAGUGCACCUCCCACAAGUGUGAGUCCCACCAUCUGGGGGAUCUGACCAUGUUUCUGAAUAAAAACGGGGCACUCUUGAUUCCUCUUCUUUCUUUUCUAUACUCACUGAAACCAAACUCUGGAAAGGCCAGAUGUGCCAGCAUUUAUACCUUCAGUGAAGUGAAAGCAGAGGAGAGCUGCUUGGCUUCACAAAGUAAGUGUGCUGUAGACCUGGCUGUUUUCUUCCUCAUGAGGCAGUUUGUACAUUCCCAUCAAGCUGUGUAUCAGGGAGAAAAUGUCAUGGUCCCAGGUCUCUGGGCCCCAGGGUAGACUCCAGAGCCCCACAUUCAAUAGUGAGUAAGUGUCUUCUCUGCUUUACCUUCAGCCAGGCUGGAACAAGGUACUUUCUCUCCUUGUGUUGGGAAGGAAUGGAGGCCAGCCUACAUGAUCUUGUUGAAACACUUAGAUGCCAUGCAUCUGUCCCCCUUUGAUAUUGGGCAUUUUAAAGCAAUUUGGAGAUAAUAUCUUCUACACCUGUUUCAUAUGCUUUGUAGGAAUUUCAAAGACAUCUGAGAAAUACCCAUGUUUGCCAUUUCUCCUUCUGUAUUCUUGGUUUAUAAUAAAGAAUAUUCUAUUUUGGGAAGGCA